CAUCCUCCUCGAGUCGCCCAACUCGCUCCCCUCCCGCCGACCUGCGCACCCCGACAGCCAGCAGCAGCAGCAGCAGCGAUGAACAACCCCUACGAGGAGGAACAAGAACUCAUCAUCGGGCGCAUCCUCGGCACGGUCGGCAAACUCAACGAGAGCAUCGAGCUCCUCAAUGACGCCGUCGCUAAGUCCAACGACCAGAUGCAAGAGACGACAGAGGUGUCCGAGCUGUGGCACGCCUACCUGCGCAACGUCCAGUGGAACCUGACGACCCACAAGACGCUGCACCCGCCCGUCUGAACACGAUGCGCGGUUCUCUCUCUCUCGCUCUCUCUUUGUGUCUCUCCAGAGGUGGCGGGAUUGUUUGUGUGUGUGUGACAACAGGGCUCAGUGACUGCUACAGG